CUGUCAGCUCUACCCACUGCGAGGAGGAACGAAAAUGGCGGAUAGCGGGAGUGGCGUGGCCGACAAAUUGGAGCCGUGGAUGGAGCUCAAGGACAAGGUCUUAAUGGUGACCGGCGCGUCGUCUGGUUUAGGGCGAGGUUUCUGCUUGGACUUAGCCAAAGCCGGCUGCAGGAUCGUCGCCGCCGCUCGGAGAAUCGAUCGGUUGCAAUCGCUCUGCGUUGAAAUCAACGAGAAGUUUCCAGCCUGCUCCGGCGAGCUGCGGCGAAAUCAGCCGAAAGCCGUGGCGAUUGAGCUUGACAUUAACGCGAACGGGACGGUUAUCGAGGCCUCCGUGCAGAAGGCGUGGGAUGCGUUUGGGAGAAUCGAUGCGUUGAUUAACAACGCCGGUGUAAGAGGCAGUGUGCACACACCACUGGAUUUAACUGAAGAUGAAUGGAACAACAUCAUUAGGACGAAUGUGUCGGGAACCUGGUUGGUUUCGAAGUGUGUUUGCAGGCAUAUGCGCGACGCUCAGCUUGGUGGGUCCAUCAUCAAUAUCUCCUCGAUCGCUGGCCUCGACCGAGGCCAGCUUCCGGGAGGUCUUGCUUAUAGCGUUGCGAAAGCUGCUGUCAACACCAUGACAAAGGUCAUGGCCUUGGAAUUGGGAGCAUACAAAAUAAGAGUGAACUCGAUAUCACCGGGGCUUUUCAAAUCGGAGAUAACUCAGGGGCUCAUGCAGAAAGAUUGGCUGAAGAUGAUUGCGGUAAAAACCGUGCCUUUAAGGACAUACGGCGAAUCAGAUCCGGCAUUGACAUUGCUGGCGCGCUACUUGAUCCACGACUCUUCUAAGUAUGUGACGGGAAAUCUAUUUAUAGUCGAAGCCGGUGCUACGUUGCCGGGUGUACCGAUCUUUUCGUCGCUUUAAAUGGCAAGGUUUAGAAACAAAUUUUCAGGGACAGAACAGAGAUGGUGUUCUUGAAUUCUUGUAUGUUGUUAGUUUUCUAGAACUACCAAAAAUUCAUUCCGAUUAAUUUUGUAGACCUUUUAAAAUUUGCUCACAACUUAAAAAGAUUCAAAUAGAUAAUAAUAAUUGUUACUAUUUUACAGUAAUAUAUAUGU